AUGAGUGAUAUUCCUCGUAUCAAUAGUAGCUCCAAGCGAAAGAAUAGAAAGGGCCACGAGGUUAUACAGAACCCGGAGGCAUCCAACUUCGAUAUCCUCGAGACUACUGAUAAUAUUGACGACGUCUCCGGCGCUGCUAAGAAUAAUGGUAACAGUAUCGACAAUGACUCUCCUCCGGCGAAGAAGAAGUGCACCAGCAAGAAUCCCAUCCCUAUUAAGGAAUGGUCGACAAAGGCUACAAGUACAUUUGUUACUCUCAACGUUCCUGCUACGACUGCGCCCGUCACCACGGUAGCUGCAAAGAUCCUGUGGGCGAAACUGCUGUACUUAGAAGGCGGCUCCAGAACUAUGCCCGCCUCAUCGUGGUCGGCCAAAGAGCCGGUGACGAAGCUACGCAACGAACGAGGUGACCAGAACAUCAACAACCCCAUCAAUUUCAGCUUUUGGAACGCAAUCGUCUUGAAGUAA